CUUAUAUCCAUUUUAAUUUAAAUGAAAUUUUGUCUAUGCUUUUGAUUUAAUUUAGAUUUCAUUUUCAUUUUCUAUUCUGUCACUGUCAAAGACAAGACAAAAUAAACUUCCUUUUCCGUGUGGCAUGGUGACGGCUUGAGUUGCCGUUAAAGCAACCAAAAUGCCGCAGAACGAAUACAUUGAACGUCAUCAAAAGCUUUACGGUAGGAGGCUCGACUAUGAGGAGCGCAAGAGAAAGCGGGAAGCGCGCGAACCUCACAAGAGGGCCGAGAAGGCUCGCAAGUUGAGAGGCAUCAAAGCUAAGAUCUACAACAAAGAGCGGCGGAAUGAAAAGAUUCAGAUGAAAAAGAAAAUUAAGGCUCACGAGGAGAAAAAUGUGCGACAAAAUACUGAGAAAGUUGCAGAGGGAGCCGUCCCUGUGUACCUACUCGACAGAGAUGUGCAGUCGCGAGCCAAAGUAUUGUCAAACAUGAUCAAACAGAAGCGUAAAGAGAAAGCCGGUAAAUGGGAUGUCCCAAUACCAAAAGUCCGAGCACAGGCCGACGCUGAAGUCUUCAAAGUAUUAAAGUCUGGAAAAUCAAAAAGGAAAGCUUGGAAACGGAUGGUCACUAAAGUCACAUUUGUAGGAGAGAAUUUCACUCGCAAACCUCCAAAAUUUGAACGCUUCAUCAGACCUAUGGCUCUGAGGUUCAACAAAGCGCAUGUAACACAUCCAGAGUUGAAAGCCACAUUCUGCCUGCCCAUUAUAGGAGUCAAGAAGAACCCCAGUUCACAAAUGUACACCAGUUUGGGAGUCAUAACUAAGGGUACAGUCAUUGAAGUGAACAUCUCCGAGCUUGGUCUAGUGACGCAAGCUGGUAAAGUGGUUUGGGGCAAGUAUGCUCAGGUGACAAACAACCCAGAGAACGAUGGUGUGAUCAAUGCUAUACUAUUGGUAUAAUUCUUGUGUUGAUAUUGAUGUAUGAUUUUUGCCACAAUAAAAGAAUUUAAUAUU